AUGAGUGUGUUGGCGCCAGCCAUGUGCCAGCACUGUGACGAGUCCGCGUUUAACAUGCAGGCUGGCGUGCAGGACAUCCAGUCCUUUGAACAUUGGAGGGAAGCCUUGAAAAAACGAAUUGCGGGCCGCCAAGAGAUACACGAAAUGAUCGUGGAGGACCAGCGUGAGGACAUAGAAGUGCUCGAACAGCGUAUAGAAUUUUUUGACCGGUCUAACCGACUAGCUGAAAACGAUCUUAUACACUGCGUGGACUUCUUUGAGGAAGAAAUGCCCAUAAACUCAGAGUAUUUUCGCCGCGAUGAGAUGGUCCAAAGCGGCGAAGAGCUAUGGGGUCAAUGGAAGUUACGAAGGAACUUCGAAGGCAUGAAUCGUCCUGUUUCUGAGGAAAGGGACGCGAACAGCGAAGAGGGAAGGUGGGAACCAGUGCGACCUCCUACUCCAUGGGAGGCCUUCAUUGGAAUCCGAUUGAAAGUGUUCCGUCUCUUGUUCAGAACAUUUAUGAUGAUGCACAAUCACUUGUUGGGUCCGUCAUCUUCGGUUGCGAGCACUAGUGGGUUGCAAACGGCUGCUGCUCUCUCAGAAGGAGCAAUCUUAUCUCACGCUUUGAAUCAACCAAAAGAAGAGCUCAAAACACAUUUUACGACUAGGGAGGGUUCAUACAAAUUAAUGACUAUGGCGGAAUAUUCACGCCCAAAUAGGGUGCCAAUGAAUCAGGAACAAGAGGACUUUGAUUGUGAUGAGAAUUAUCGUGAGGACCUUGCAACAGCUGAUAGAAUUUGUUUCAAUGUUGGACGGGAACUGUACGUAUAUUUGUAUAAAGGAAUCCACACUGCUGCUGAUUUAAGUAAGCCAAUUGAUAAACGUGUUUAUAAAGGCACUUACCCUACCUGUCAUCAUUUCAAUCAGGAAACUGCUACUAGCACAAAUUGCAGCCUAAUAAUUGGAUUUUCCGCUGGACAAAUCCAGUUGAUUGAUCCGUUCCACAAAGAGUAUCAGGCGAGCCGCCUUUAUAAUGAAGAGAGGUCAAAGGCAACAUUUUCUAGUCUCAUACAGCAGUGGUUAUAUGUAUUUAUUCAACGAGGAAUUGCAGUGCCCGCUUGCGCCUCCAGUUUAUCAAACUUUCAAACAGGAAGGGCCAAAUUCGUACGCGUGUACACGUGUAAAGCGAAGACGACAAGAAAUCCUGUAUAUCGUUGGCAAAUUGGUGAAGGCGGAAUCAAUCAGUUUGCAUUCUCAGGACCGGAUGCAAAAAUGCUAGCUACUGUGGGACACGAUGGCUAUUUGCGAAUAUUCAACUACCAUCAAAUGGAAUUACUAUCAUAUAUGAAGUCAUAUUUUGGUGGUCUGCUCACACUAGGAUGGAGUCCAGACGCAAAGUUGAUAGUGACUGGUGGUGAGGACGACUUGCUGACUGUGUACAAUGUUCAAGAAAAACGUUCAAUUGAUCCUUAUAUGUGCACAAUUGACGGUGAGCAUGAGCUGAAUGGGAUUGGAGCUUUGGACAUUGGGUCUGAUGACGAAAAGCUUGCGCAUACACCUGGUGGAAUGAUUCAAAACGGACAGGAUACUAAUGUGCGCAGACCACCCUUACAAACGUCAUCAUAUUCGCGAUGCUCUUUCACUUCGUUUGGUACAAUCAAUGGACUGGCCGGUUGUAGUGGUGUAUGCUAUCGUAUUGGAAGUGUUGGGCAUGAUACUCAGCUGUGUUUGUGGGAUAUAACAGAGGAUAUGCUUAAGACAUCUUCGUCAGGGCGCCUCGAUCCCCUCUGCGAAGCAUCUCCUGCACAAUCCGCUGAAAGUACAAAACCGAAAAAGAAAAGAGGUUUUCAUCGAAGAGGGUUCACCUUGGGGCGAUUGGGCGGAUCAAGUAGUGAUCGGCGUCGUCUUGAAUCUCCAGCAUCACUAACAGCUGCUGCCAUUGAUGAGGCGAAACUACUUGGAACUCGAGUAUGCCCACGAAUGGAGGAUGUUCCUGUUAUUGAGCCUCUGAUUUGCAAGAAGAUUGCGCAUGAGCGGCUGACUGUACUCGAAUUUCGUAAGGAUUGUUUGGUCACUGCAUGUCAAGAAGGCUUUAUAUGCACAUGGGCGAGACCUGGAAAGGUUCCGAACACCCUUGUCAAACGAGAUGUGAAUUCACCCAACAUCAUGAGCUCUCCGACAGGAUUUCGCGAUGGAAUCAUACCGACUUCAUGGGGCAACGUUACAAGUGCUCAGGCGCACUGA